GGCAAUUUAAGAUAGCCAAUAGCAUCACUACCAAGAACCAACACUACAUAAAGUCUCCGAAUGUCGCCGAUAUCUCACUGGUGAUGAGCAGAGCAUUUAAUCUGUUUGUUGUCCGUCUUGAUUUCUGUAUAAGUUUCUGGAUUCUUUUCAACUCGGGUAGACAAAAUGGCGUCCAUCGCAUUUCCUCAUAAUUCCAAAUCCCUCACCCUUUCAACCUCACAUUCGUAUACCUACGUCUUCUUCCCGGCAUCCAAACCAUCCUGUCCCACAAUCCUGUUCCUCCAUGGCUUUCCAUCCUCCUGCUACGACUGGAGGCAUCAGAUUGCAUAUUUUGCCCGCCAUGGAUAUGGCGUCCUUGCGCCAGACCUGCUGGGAUACGGCGAUACUUCCAAACCCUCAGCUACGAGAGAAUACACCUGCAAAAAUAUGGCAGCAGAAAUCGUUGAGCUUUUAGACCAUGAGAGACUGACCCAGGUCCAUGCCGUAGCCCACGAUAUAGGAUGUAUGCUUCUCUCUCGGCUCGGGAAUUACUUUCCUAAUCGUCUCUUGACAUGUGCCUUUCUGGCGGUUCCCUAUUCGAAACCCGGAGGACACUUCGACUUGGAUGAGGUCAAUAAAUUGACAAAGCAGCUUCUGGGGUUCGAAAAAUUUGGAUAUUUGAGCUUUUUUGUUAGCGACCGAGCAGGGAUUCUUCUGGAUAACCAUAUUGACUCGUUCUUCACGCUGUUCUAUCCGGCAAAUCCGGAAUUAUCGAUUAAACAUGUUGGUCCAUCAGGCGCCAUGGAAGCAUGGCUCCAAAAUGACACGCAAGGACCAUUGGCUCCUUAUAUAAAUGAAGAGGAGAGAAUUAUCCACCGGGAGAUCAUGCAAGGCCAGUACUCCUCAGCACUAAACUGGUAUCGUGCACUGGUCUGGAACCUCAAUGAAGAGGAAGAGCUUCAAGCAGAUCUGAAUCCAAAUCUAACAGUGCCGGUCUUGAUGAUCAGCCCACAACCCAGUCCAGUCGAGCUUCCGGGUAUAGGGGAGCAAAUGAGGUGCAUUGCUGACAAGGUUGUCGUCAAAGAGGUCAGCACGACUGGACAUUGGAUGCAACUGGAGGCACGGGAGGAGGUCAAUGAAAUUCUCGCAGAAUUUUUCGACAAAUGUACCCCAUGAAUAGCCUUGCAUAAGAUCUGAAAGAAAUCAGAUCCGCGGAAAUUUCUUGGGUCAUUUGAUUAUAGUAUCUUGGAUGAAUGAAACCCUUAACUGCUCGUUGUUUAUGCGCAAGCCCACUAUAUCCAACUAUGACCAUGUUUGUUAUUUGAGUUGAAU